AUGGACAAGCCCAUCUACCGCUACCUCGCCGACAAGAAAUGGCGCCAAUACGACCGCAUGAUCAUCAUGCAGCGCAUCACCCAGAUGAAUGUCGUCCCAGACGUCCUCCCCUCCAUCGAUCCUACUCACAACGUCUCGCUCUCGUUCGGUCCCCGCGACGUCCAGCCCGGUGAAUUCGUCGACAGCAGAGUGUCCGAGAUUCCCGGCCAUCUCAACAUUCAACCCUACGACAAGGGCGAGCGCUACGUCACCAUUGCCAUAGUCAACCCCGACGUGCCCAAUGUCGAGGCCGACGGCUUCGACUACCGCUGCCACUUUCUCGCCUCCAACAUCAAAAUCUCUCCCACUCAGACCGGAGUCUCUCUCGCCAAGCUGAACCAAGAUCAGGUCAUUCUCCCCUGGCUGCCUGCAUACACUCAAAAGGGUCUCGCAUACAGCCGCAUGUCCAUCUUCGUCCUCGAGCAAAAGGACGGCCAAAUCCUGGACGCAGCCGCUUUAUCACAGCGCUACGAGCACAACGACUUUAUCCUGAGGAGUUUCGUCGACAGACAUGUCCUGAAGCCGGUUGGUGUCAACUUGUUCAGAAGCAGACACGACGAAGGCACUGCCGGUGUCAUGCAAAGAGCAGGCAUUCCUGGUGGCGACGUCGAGUUUAAGAGGAAGAAGAUUGAGCCUCUGCCAUACAAGAAGCUGCCUGGAUCAAGAUACAGGUAG